AUGUCUGUGUGCUGCUGUGACGCGAGCUUCUGUGCGAAGAAGCCCCAUCGCCUCCUGCCUACAAAUCUCUACGUUGUUCUCUACAAUUUCACCUCGAGACAUCCCGAUGAGCUUGACCUUAGAGCUGGAUACAAAGUGACGGUGACAGACACUUCCGACCCUGACUGGUGGCAAGGCAAGUGUUUGGGCCGGACCGGCUACUUCCCCUCCAAGUAUGUCACACGUCUAAACGGCGGAGAAAAGCCCCUUCAGGUCACCCACAACCUCCAGGUUAAUGACGGAGAAAACGGAAUAAAGCUCCUUCGAGACCAGAUUGUUAUCCAGAUAGGCGAGGAAGUGGACGGCAUGGUGAUGAUUCGCAAUGGGGACAACCAGCAAGGCGUGUGUCCCCUCAAAUACCUUCAAGAGGCCUGAGACUAGGGAUUAAAGCCAUUCCUCGGAAGGCAGUGAUUCUACAGUGUGGAUGUGGAAGAAAGAUGAAGUAACACUAUAGACAAAUCGAUUCACAUACCUCGUAGAAAUCUGAAACAUUUAUAUUUGAAAGUGAUAAGAAAAACUGCACCAUG